UGGGCAGCUGUUGCUGUAUAUUACCCCAGAGAGCCGGGGCCAGCCGGGCUUGGAGGCAGAGCAGCGCUGGUGGCCAGCCCCAGAUGCUGACGCGCUGGUGAGCAGUGACGGGGAGAGCAGCAGAGCCCAUGAUCUGGACGAGCCUGAGCUGAGCAUGCCCGAGCCAGCGCCGCUCGGCGUGGACAAGAAGAGGGCGGAGAAGGUGGGAGCCAAAGGCAGUGCUGCCAGCCCUCCAGUCCCCAAGAGCCUCCCCGUGCAGAGGAAGGUGGAGCCCCCCAGCCUGGACCCCGCGGAGGAGCCGCUCCUCUGGGAAGGGCUCACCCUCAACAAGUGCAUCCUCGUGGCCUCUGUCGUUGCCCUGCUCAGCGUCACCUUCCAGGUGCUUCAAGCUCCAUGCUCCAAGGAGGGAGUCAGCCGCGGCAGGCAGGACCCGCCACCGCCUCCUCCCCUGCACGAGGUGGUCACCACCAAGGAAGAAGAGGUCCAGGAAGUGGUGACUGCCCAACCUGUCCAGCCAGAGAGCAGCAUGUUGGAGGAGGAUGAUGGUGACGAUGACGGUGAUGAUGACAGUGAUGCCGACAGCAACCUGGCAGAGCCCUGGAUCUUCAAGAAGUGGUUUGGCCGCUCAGUACCAGGGGAGGAGGAUGAGGAGGAGGAUGAGCAUAAGGAAGAAGAUGAGCAUAAAGAAGAGGUUGAGCAUAAGGAAGAGGAUGAGCAUAAGGAAGAGGAUGAGCAUAAGGAUGAGGAUGAGCAUAAGGAUGAGGAUGAGCAUAAGGAUGAGGAUGAGGAUGAAGAGCCCACAGAAGAACCCACGGACGUCCCUGAGGUGACACCACCUGUGACAGAGGUGAAGAAGAGCCGGGGGAAGAAGCUGGAGAAGAAGGAGGAGAAGGCGCGGGAGGCCCGUGCUGCCCAGGCGGGGCGGAGCAGCCGGAGGGAGGCACGAGCCAAGGACCGGACGCACGGGGACAGACCCAGCAGAGCCCCCAGGACCCACCGGGAACCGGAGCAGCAGCCCCAGAAGAAGCGGGGCCGGGAGGGGAGGGAGAGCCGGCGGGAGCGGGACGAGCCCAGGAGGGAGGGGGGAAAGGGACGUCCCGGCAGAGCCGGUGACAGCCGGGAGAGCCCGAAGCGGGACUGGAGGCAGCAGAAGGGCAGGAAGCCCUGGGAGGACGGCCCAGCCCGGCCCAGGGAGGGCAAGAGGCGUGACUGAGGCCGGGGCAGCCGAGGGGCUCGGUGAUGCUGAAUGGGAUCCAACGCCGGCAGUGCCCCCGGCAGUGCAACCCUGCUGCUCCCUGCCUGCUCUCCGCAGACACCCUGGGCACGGGCGGCAGGUCCAGGAUCACCCAGCAGCAGCAGAGCAGCCCGGGAGCCUGGCACCAGCCUCCUGGUGACUUUGGGCCCCCCUGGAUUAGAUGCACAAAGGCAACCUGAAAGGACCGGGGGAAGGAGCUUCUCUCUUCCCCCGGCCUUGGUGCGACUUCUCCAUCCCACCCAAAAUCUCUCUUGCAGCCCGUUUUCCCUCGUGGUCCCGAGGCAUCGAGACAGCACCGUGGGCACAGGGAUCCCAGUGAACAGAGUUUGUCUCCAGACUGUGCAGCUCUUAGUGAAUGGUUUUAUUCAAAGCAAAUCGAGAGAGAAAUGACAUUCUGGGUGAAGGAAGCCAUCCUCAGAGAGGUGCCAGAGGAGCGAUCACCUCGCCGGGUCCCGGUGCCGUCGCUGCAGGGUGGCACAAAGCUUUGCUGGCAGAAACCAGGGCUGGAGAGCCCAUCACCGGGGAUCCCUUCAGGCCUUGCCCUCACAGAGUCGCUUUUAGGAACGAAACACAAGUGCAAUAUCACGCAGCGCUGUAGCAA